AUGUCCUCCUCAAACCCCCAGUUGUUAAAAACAACAGCUAAACCCCACCCCACUCCCGGUCCAACCAAUCCACGCACCAACCUCGUGACAAUCGACACCCUAAUAAAUAUCCUCUCCAAAUCCCUCCUCCACCCUUUCAUAGCCUGGGUACUCGUCCUCUGCCUGCGUGCCCAGGUAACACCAUCGACAGAUCCAGCCUGGAUCCUCACCGUGAGCUAUGCAACGGUCUUGACAGUUCUCUUCAUCGCGCGGGUUAUCAAUCAGCGCGCCGCCCACGGCGCCCCGCGUACAGUUAAUUUCGAGAAUGAGGUUGUGGUCAUCACUGGCGGAGCGAGUGGGUUGGGUCUGUUGAUUGCACAAAUGUAUAGUAUGCGCGGGGCGAGCGUCGCUGUGCUGGAUAUUAAGGUUGUUCCGGAAUAUAGCCGAGAAGAGGUCUUUGGGGAGGGUGUUUUGUAUAUUACAUGUGAUGUCGCGGAGAGAGGCGCAUUGGAGGUUGCGAAGGGGACGAUUUUGAAAGAGCUAGGAACACCAACGAUCGUUAUCAACUGUGCCGCGGCCAGGAUCAACGGCCUUCCGUUCCUUGAUCUGCCAGCGGGCGCAUUCGAAAAAACCAUCCGCACUAAUCUCCUGGCGGCUUUCCAUCUAUACCAAGUCUUCUUGCCUGGGAUCAUGGCGGCAGAUAACGGAGGAACCCUUGUCACAAUCAGCUCCGUGCUAGGCCAACUGAGUGCCGCAGGACUGUCAGACUACGCAGCAAGCAAAGCUGGACUUAGCGCGCUGCAUCGGACGAUAGAAGCGGAAACCCGGGGGAACCCGUUGAUCAAGACGUUGCUGGUGGAAAUUGGGCAGAUGUCGACGCCGUUGUUCGACUGGGUGCGAGCGCCGAACCAUUUCUUUGCGCCAGUUUUGGAACCGGUCGAGGUUGCCCGGGAGAUGGUAGCAGCGAUUGAUAGCGGUCGAGGUGGUGUGAUCAGAUUGCCUUUUUAUGCAAAGCUCGUGAAUUGGUAUGCCGUGCUACCCGCUACGGUGCAGCGGGUUGCGAGAUAUCUGAGUGGAAUAGAUGCUGCUGUGACUAAAAGCCGGCAGGUAUCUGGGAAGACAGAUUUUUGA